AUGUUGUUUUAUAAGCAAUAAUUUUAUAGAAAUAGCGAGGAAUUGUAGUCAUUAAGAAGAUUGCAAAUUGAUUUGCAAGAUGAAUAACUAAAAGAAUUACAAGAUGAUACUUGUGAGAUAACAAUGAAAAUGGUUAGCGAUUUAUUAUAAAUAAUUAUGACACCGAAAAUCGGUCCUUAUUAAAAUAAAAAUUUUUCUGUAUUUAAUUUCCCUAAAUAUAGUUUAAUCUUGAUUUUAGAAUAAAUUAUCCUUAUUCACCCCCUAGCAUAUUUAGCAUAUCUGAUAUACAUCACCCGAACAUAGAUUAUAGGAAUAAAUAAUUCUAUUUACAAUUUAUCGAUAAACAGAACUGGAAGCCGAUAUAUGGGUAAAACAUAAAUAUUAUAUUAAGAUUAUUUGAAAUUAUAAAAGCGAUGAGAUAGACAUUGGUAAAUGUAGAUUUUACAUAUAUUCCAAAUCAGAAUGAUUGUAUUAUUUUGGCACAAACAGUUUUAUGCCCAACCAAUCAAAAUGAUGAUAAACGUUUAGAUUUAUUAUUUGAAAUGAGUGAUAACUUUAAAAUUAAUUUUGAAUUAAAUUAAUAGUCGAAUUUUAUUGGGGAAAAUGAGUAAUAGUAAAAAGAAAACAGCAGCUUAAAUUUCAGUCAAUAGCCAACUAUAAUUAAUCUAUUAAAAACAUAGAGGCAUAGUUAAAAUGAUAAAAUAUUUUAUAUUAAAUAAAAAAAUUGA